UGCUUAAGUCUUUAUUUUCAUCUAAACGGGGAUUCGGAACACCACAUGGUGCCCGUACUGGCUCAUAACUCACAGUGUUAGAAAAAAAAAACAUCCGUAAAGUAGAAGAUGAAAUGACAAAGAAAAACGAGAUACUUUCUGAAACGAUAAAUGAGGCCAUAAUGGAAUCGACAAAUCCCACUGAUCAAGAUAUUAUUGAAUAUAGUCCAGAUACGGCGACUGUAAUUCAGCGAACGAUAAAAGACAAAGACGGAAUAAUCAUCAAAGAGACCACAGAAACGACGACGCUGCGGGUCACGCACAACACGCACUUUGGAGUGGCCUCCUACAAACUCGUCUCAAACACGAUUACCGAUCACACCGAGCAUCUCGACCAUCGCGAGCUCCAGGAUCUCAACCGAACCAUCGUCGACGACUGCUACGCCAUACCACCACCGCCACCACUACCCCCAGCACUCACAACCCACCGUGAAGAGCACACGUACGCCUCUCCAUCCAAACUCAUUAGCUACACGAAAUCCGAAGCCCACGGCAGCUUGAACGGCCAUACCGAUCGAAAAAUCGGUAGCACUACCGAUCAGGCCGUAAAUCACGGCAGCAAAAUUCCAGUUGAUUACCAAACGCCGGAAAUUUCGAGACAAGAGCGCGAAUUCCUGGAAAAAAUGAAAACGGUAAGUUCUCAGGACUCAUCUGUCGUACCAGCGAUUCAGCAGCAGUGUCAGCAGCUCGCGGUCGCCGCUUGCGCAACGGCGUUCGUGGCCGUUGAGGAGCUUACGGUGAUUCCUGCCGCCACAAUAGCCGUUUGCGAGCUCAACUAG